CCGAAAAUAACCAUGUCAGCUUGUGGUGAUAUAAGACAGUUUGAGGGAGAGAAGUGGGAGGUAUUCAGACAACAACUUGAGUGUUUCAUACUUGUCAAUGAUAUCACUGAAGAUAAAAAGGUACCCCUGCUUAUUACUAAACUGUCUCCAAAAGUAUUUGAAACAUUAACCUAUUUAUGUUCACCACUUCAACCAUUAGAACUGAAGUUUGAAGAGUUAUGUACUAAACUCAAGGAGAAAUAUGCCAAACCAUUAUCAACGACCUUGGAAAGAGCAGAGUUCCGGAAAAGAAAUCAAUUACCCAAUGAGAAAAUCCAAGAGUAUGUAUUAGAAUUAAAAAAAUUAGCAGCAAAAUGUCAAUUUAAAGAUGCAGAUGACCAAGUUAAAGAGAAGUUUAUGGAUGGUGUAUCCUCAAAGUUAAUUAAAUUUGAGCUGAUGAAAAGUCAAGUGGAAAUGUCAUUGGAAAAAUGCAUUGAAAUUGGUAGAACAGUAGAAGCAGCGCUAUUACAUGCAAAUGGAUCAAGUGAAUCGACAGAAAAUAUAUUCUUUUAUCAACAAAGAAUAAGAAAUACUGGAACAAGACCUAAGCAUAAGCAGAAUAAUAACAGUAAACAGCAUAGUAUAAAAUGUUUUUGCUGUGGAAAAGAAAAUCAUGUGAAAGCUGAUUGUCGUUUAAUCAAAAAGUUUUGUAGUGAAUGUGGACAACAGGGACACAUUUAUAAGAUGUGUUCUAAGAAACGCCAAAUUAGUACCCUGGAAGCAAAGCAACCAGAGGAGGAUGCAGAGGAACCUGAAGAAAAUGUUAUCCAAAAUUCAUUUCAAGAAGAAUAUAAAACAUACAGUGUAAGCAUGCACAACAACUAGUUAAAUCUGAGUUCGCAGAAGUAUUCAGCCCGGGUUGGGGGAAUUUUAAAGGAG